CCCCGCAAAUGGCUCAGAACAACAUGAACAAUCUGACCACUCUUAUAAAGCGGUGCGUCUGCUCUUCCGGACGCUCUUAGCCAUGGUUUCGCGUCGAUGCGACAAUGGACCAGUCCGAACACCAUAUCCUAGGCCGUCGGGGCCCCGUUUCUGGGGACAGCAAUGUGCUGACAGGCGCGAUACGUAGGCUUGAAGCUGCGACAUCGAGACUGGAGGACAUAGCAUCGUCUUCCGUUGGCUUCGAUGUCUCUGCCCCGAACGGCACUCCGGCUGCCGCCCCUUCUUCGACCGCUACUACGACGAACGCUUCGUCCACGCCGAAACCCGCCGAAAGCUUGCCUCCGUCUAUUGAAGCAUUUGACGCUCUCCUGAACACAGAACUGAAGACAUGGCUCGACUUGAGCGGCAAGCUGGGCAACGUGAUCGAUGGCCAGGCAAAAGCUGUGCAGCAGGCCUUCACGGCGCAACGCCAGUUUCUCCUGGUUGCGACCAAGGCGAAGAAACCGGACAUGACCACCUGCAUGGAAAUCCUGAAGGACCUCCAGGCCGCCAUGGAGAAGGUGGAUGAGGUGCGCCAGGCCAACCGGGAAGCCGCUCUGCGCGACCCCUUGACAAUGGUUGCGGAUGGUGUAGGCGCUCUUGGCUGGGUCACUGUGGAAGGCAGCCCGAAGCCGCACGAGUACAUCUCCGAGCUGUUUGGCGGAGCCCAGAUCUUUGGCAACAAGGUGCUGAAGGAGUACAAGGACAAGCCGGACAAGACAAACGUCGAGUGGGUCCAGGCCUACUACAAGUUGUUCAAGGCGCUCUCGGAAUACGCAAAAAAGCACCACACCACCGCCGUCGCAUGGAACAAGGACGGCAUUGACGCAAAAGAAGCAGCCAAGCAGAUCAACGCUCCCGCAGGCCCCUCCACAUCUAACAUACCCGCUCCGCCGCCACCACCGCCAGGUGGCAUUCCUCCACCACCUGGUCCCCCGCCUCCCCCAGGCCCACCCCCACCACCGGGCGCACCACCAGCAGGCAAGAAGUCCGCACCAGAUAUGGGUGCCGUGUUUGAGCAGCUGAAUCAGGGCGAAUCAGUUACAAAGGGAUUGAAGAAGGUUGACCCCAGCCAGAUGACGCACAAGAAUCCGUCGCUGCGAACAACCGCGCCAGUGCCGACUCGAAGCGACAGCAGCGGUUCAUUGCGGAGUAAGAGUCCGGCGCCGCCUGGCAAGAAACCGAAGCCCGAGAGCAUGCGGACGAAGAAGCCCCCGAAGAAAGAGCUUGACGGUAACAAGUGGAUAAUAGACAACUUUGACAGCCCAUCCGAUAUGGUCGAGAUCGACGCCGAACGCCAGCACUCUGUCCUCAUCUCGCGAUGCAAAAACACUACCAUCCGCAUCAAUGGCAAAGCGAAUGCCAUCUCCAUGGACAACUCGGAUAAAACUUCGCUCGUCAUCGAUUCACUCGUUAGCUCUAUCGAUAUCAUCAAGUGCCCCAAGUUCGCCCUCCAGGUCAUGGGUACCUUGCCAACCCUUCUGCUGGAUCAAGUCGAUGGUGCAACCGUCUACCUGUCAAAGGACUCGAUGAACACGGAGAUCUUCACCAGCAAGUGCUCGAGCAUCAACAUCAAUCUUCCCACCGCGGACGAAGACUACGCAGAGAACCCAGUGCCUGAACAGAUCAGGACUUUUGUCAAGGACGGGAAGCUGGUGAGCGAGAUUGUGGAGCAUGCGGGUUAAGCCAUGAGCACUUGGCUUGCAUCUCCUCGUUUGCUAUAGACUUUCUCUUGGCUUGCUGCUGCAUUGGGUGGAGUUCGACUUAGCCUGAUGGUCGAACGGUCUUCUUCGCCUGACCAUAG